AUGAGCCAGUUGGAACUUGAGUAUCACGAUUUGUUGAGCCUUUUCGAGUUUUUGGACAAUGGAGACGGUGAAAUUACGCUCAUGGAAUUUGUCGAAGGAGCUGGGCGAUUGAAAGGCCGCAAUCAAGGCUCAAAAAGAGAGCGAGCCUUUUUAGAUGGCAGCGGAGCUGUGAAGGACUUAAUUUGCCCGGAGCUCAAGGAGGAGAACUACACUACACCAACGACCUGGACUAAGCAAGAGACGAAGAUGGAGGCGUGCAAAGACGAAGUGCAGAAGAGAGCCCGGAAGCUUUACUCCUACUUGGUGAGCCUUGUGAAGGGCAGACCACUUCGGAUCAUCCGGAGUGUCACGAGCAAUGACGGCUUCAAGGCCUGCCAGCCCAAGACAAGACAGAGAGAACUUGGAAUCAUCCAAGCCUUGGUGGCCUUCCCUCAAUUUGACAGAGGCAAGAUCCUAGAGGGGUUCAUAAAGUACGACGAGCUGGUCGGCGAGUACGAGCUGGCAGGAACCUGCGUGGACAAGAACCUGAAGAUAGCAACAGUGAGGGAAUGCUCGAGCGGAACUAGAUUGGUCCCACGGAUAUGGACAGUGAAAGGAGAACCUAAAGGGAAAGGACAAAUAGGCAAAGGUAAGAAUGGAUCGCCCACAGGAAAGGAUGGAGGCAGAGGUGUUGGACAGCUGGUGGCCGAUGAAGUCUUUGGGAAGCACGGAGCCCAGUUCGACUCCUUACAGGAGUGGUGGGAGAGUGACAACAUGGUGGAGCGGUCCGACCUCACCAUGCCGGACGGGGACCGCAUGUGGACCUUGGUGGAGCCCGACAUGGAGAUGGACUAUGAGGACAUCUUCGAGAACGUCAACUUCAUCAACUUGGCGAAACUCAAGCCCCAGAUGGACUACGAAGCCCUCUUCAUUAUUUGUGCUCCCCCAUUUUUGUGGGGGACUCUUAGUCUUGACAUAUGUCGAGAAUGUGGAGAGAUCAUAGCCCUGAAAGAAGUGGCAGAUGACCUUUCUCAUGGAUCGAUCAGAGCUGAUCGGAUUCUGAAUGCUUUGAGUAGCCAGGACUUGAAGGUGAAAUUGGAUGAUGAGGGAGAUGCCUCCUACAGCGUUGCGAGUGUGCCUGUCAACUACUCGGACUUGUCUCGCUUUCAGAAGCUGCAAAAGUUUCUGCAGUCCGACAGAUAUGAAAUGAUCAUUGCCAUCGUGCUUUGUGUCAAUGUGCUCUUGAUGGCCUUCGAGCUGCAGAUCGAUGGGUCAGUGAAAGGCUAUGAGCAGGGAAUCAUCGGUUACGUGGUGGUCCCGUCCGAGGCAUACCCAGGUUGGGAGUCCGCCUUCAAGACAGUAGAUCUCAUCUUCACCUUGUUCUUUGCAGCUGAUGUCAUUUUGCGAGUAUGUGUUCUUAAAUCCAAGUUCUUCAAGGCCUUUGUGAACUACAUCGAUUUGGCAGUUUGUGUUACAACGCUGAUGGAAGUCACUCUGUACUAUAUGGUGACUUUACCGGUGAGUCCGAUCCUAUUUCGUCUUCUUCGUAUUGGCAAAUUGAGCCGAGCGAUACGCAUGGUCACUAUGCACAGUGUCCUGCAGUCCUUGCAUUUGCUCAUCAAAUGCCUUACCGCGAGUACAAACAUGCUCUUCUGGAGCUUUUGCUUGCUCACCUUCUUUCAGUGUGUCUCUGGAUUGGUGAUCAGCACACUCUGUCGCGAUUUUAUCCGAGACACCAGCCAGCCUCUUGAGUUAAGACGAUCUGUUUGGCUCUACUAUGGGACCUUCACCCGCACUUUCUUGUCAAUGUUUGAGAUCCUUUUCGCCAAUUGGAGCCCGCCUUGCCGAAUCUUGGUGGAUGAAGUCAGCGAAUCCUUCGCAGUGUUUUUCUUGAUCUACAGGUGCUUGUUGGGUUUUGCUGUUCUGAAUGUGGUGAACGCGGUUUUUGUGCAGCAGACCAUGAAAACUGCAAGCUCUGAUGAAGAACUCGCCUUCAAACAGAAAGAAAGAGAUCUGGAACUAUUCACUCGAAAGGUCAAGAAACUCUUCAGAACGGUAGAUGAGUCUGGAGACGGAUUGAUCAACAAGGAUGAAUUUUCGAAGCUGGUGAAGGAUCCAAUGCUGAACUUUUGGCUCGGACAAUUGGAGUUGGAGUAUCACGAUUUAAUGGGUUUAUUCGAAUUUCUUGAUAAUGGAGACGGUGAGAUCACGCCACAGGGCUCAAUGCAGUUCAAGCUCCGGACCAUCUUCGAGGAGAUCGAUAUGCAGUGGAGCUGGCCGGCGGACGUGAAUUAUCACGAGGCACGGGCGUACUGCGCAUGGAAGUCUGAACAGGACGGCCUGAAGGAUCAGGAGGCCUAUCGUGUCAUCACGGAGGCGGAGCAUCACCUCAUCCGCCAUCCCGAGGCACGCCCUGAGAACAUGGCGAUGGCCAGAGACGAUCCCACACUUAGCCUAGGCAGGACUGUCUGCGGCGGAGGGCUGGUGGCUGGCACCAACGCCAACUUGGCCUUUGCAUCUCAAAGCCCGGUGGAUGCGAUGCCAGCAUCUCCCACUGGACACCAUGAUGCUAUGGGCAAUGCAUGGGAGUGGACAGAAGAUCAUUUCAACCCUCUUGAGGGCUUUGAAGUUCAUUAUACCUACGAUGACUUCUCUACCCCAUGCUUCGAUGGGCGGCAUCACAUGAUCAUGGGCGGCAGCUUUAUCAGCAAGUCUGACAACGGUGCCUCCGGCUUUUGCCGGUAUCACUUCCGGCCACACUUCCUGCAGCAUUCAGGUUUCAGAUUAGUCUCUUCCAACUCUCCACCUCCCGCCCGGCUUUUGCAUGAGCCGGAGGAGGCAGUGCAGGCAGCGCAGGCAGUGCAGGCAGGCCAAGCUCCAAGUGGCAGUGCUGCUGGCACUGGUGCAGCUGUAGCUGGUCAUGCAGGUUACGAGACGCAGCGUUUAGUGGAUCAAUACUUGGGACUUCACUUCCCAAGCUCCGGGGCUGAUGAGGUGGUGGGCAUCGACUUCAGCCAAGCCUUCAUCGAUGCAGCCGAGAAGAUGAAGAAUGGCGAGGUGGUGCGAGUCAUCCGCUUCAAGGUCCCUUUAGAAGGAGACCUCGAGGCGGAAGUCACUGCUGAACACGAGGCAAAUGUGACAGCUGCUGCCCGGCAACGUGCUUGGUGCCAAGAGCUUAAAGAUCAAGUAGAUGAACUUGGUACCUUCGAUGGUGCAGUUUUGGCCAACCUCUUGUGCCGACUGCCGGAGCCUGUUGCCUGUGCUGUGCUCGGAUGUCUUCUUGUGACUUGCGCCCAAGCAACUGAGAUCGUCACACCCUUCUCAUGGUUGGAGGACUUUACGCCCAAGUCGAAGUGGCUGGGGGGCUACCUGAAAGACAACAAGGAGGUUCAUUCCAAGGAUGAGCUUCAGAGACUCAUGGAGCAGCGGGGCUUCAGCAAACUAUCAGAGCAGAAGCUUCCCCUUGUGAUCCGAGAGCAUCAGCGGAAGUACCAGUACAUCGUCCCGGAGGCUACAGUUUGGCGCCGUUGAGAAGGAGGGCCCCAGCUGGAGGCGUCGUGGUGUGGGAGGCCUACAGCAAUGCAGUCGAAUUUCGGGCUCUGGGUAUCCGGG